UAUUUUCUCAUCUCGCAGUGCUCUACAAAUUUUUAUAUAAUGUCAGCUAAUAGUGAAAAUGAUGAAACAAAAGCGCCCAAAGAUGUUCCAAAAUUAACUGAUACAUGGGCCAUUCGGCCGUGUCACCUGUAUAAAGAUGAGUAUGACGAUUGCAGCAGUUUCAAGGCACGCUUUCAUCAAUAUUUCAUCUAUGGUAAAGACACGGAUUGUUCGCAAUGGUUGACCGAUUUUCACAAUUGCGAACGCUAUGAGCGCUCCAAUGGCAAUGAUGUGGAAGCGGGCAGUGCUAUAAUCAAAAGCGAGGAGCAGCGCCGAUUGACAAGAUUGCGUGCACACUAUGCGAACGAUACGUGGAUGAAGCGUAAAGAGCCGCCAGAGGAUUGGGCCAAGCCGUUGCCCGAAUGGCUAGAGAAACGCAAUGAAAAUACAUAUUUGGAGUUGAAGCAAAAGGAGCUGAUGGGUUUGGCAGUACCACAGGAAGAAGCGCGUUCAUAUUGUGCUAUUAUGUAGAAAAUAAAACAUAUAUUU